CAGCUUCCUGGACUUUGGCCCCAUGUUGCGUCUUUGCACGUCGGGCCGAGCUUUCCGACUGGCAGCGUGUUUCCAGACCCCUCUGCGGACCUCCAUGUCGGGCUCACCUACCCCACCUCCCUCCGCGGAGGCUGCGGGGUCGGGGGGGUGCUUCCCCCCGGGAUACAAGCCAUUCAAACCCGAGGAGCACGGCCUGGAUCGCGGGUUCCGCCUCACAGCUUUCUCGGAGCUGAAGGGAUGAGGAUGCAAGGUCCCGCAGGAGGUUCUGCUCAAACUCCUUGCGGGGCUGGAAACGGAGCGAGGCGACGGGCCAGAGAAGGCCGGAGAGCAGGCUCCUGAGUUCGGCCAGCAGCUGCCUGCGCCCCGGCUCGGCAUCGGGAUGGACAGCUGUGUGAUUCCACUGAGGCAUGGAGGUCUGUCUCUGGUGCAGACCACUGAUUUCUUCUACCCGCUGGUAGAAGAUCCAUAUAUGAUGGGAAGGAUUGCGUGUGCGAACGUCCUCAGCGACCUCUACGCCAUGGGCAUCACGGAGUGCGACAACAUGCUGAUGCUGCUGAGCCUCAGUCAGAAGAUGAACGAGAAGGACCGGGAGCGAGUGACGCCGCUGAUGAUCAGAGGCUUCAGGGACGCAGCAGAGGAGGGCGGGACAUCGGUGACGGGGGGGCAGACGGUGAUCAACCCCUGGAUCAUCGUUGGAGGCGUGGCCACAGUCGUCUGCCAACCUAACGAGUUCAUCAUGCCUGAUGGGGCGGUACCAGGAGACGUCCUGGUUCUGACCAAGCCUCUGGGAACCCGAGUGGCCGUGAACGCCCACCAGUGGCUGGAUCAGCCCGAGAAGUGGAACAGGAUCAAGCUCGUCGUCACCAAAGAGGAAGUCAAAGAGGCGUAUAACGAAGCCAUGUUCUCCAUGGCAACGCUGAACCGAACAGCCGCCAGUUUGAUGCACAAGUACCAGGCCCACGCCGCCACGGACGUGACGGGCUUCGGGUUGUUGGGACACGCCAACAACCUGGCGGCUCAGCAGAAGAACGAGGUGGCCUUCGUCAUCCACAACCUGCCCAUCAUCGCCAAGAUGAGCGCCAUCAGUAAAGCCUGCGGGAACCUGUUCAACCUGCUGCAGGGCCGCUCGGCCGAGACGUCCGGCGGGCUGCUGGUGUGUUUACCCAGAGAGCAGGCGGCCAAGUUCUGCUCCGAGAUGAAGAGCCUCAGCUCUGCUCAGGGCGCCUCCAACGGCGCCUGGAUCAUCGGGAUUGUAGAGAAGGGCGACCGCCGGGCGCGCAUCAUCGACAAGCCGCGCAUCAUCGAAGUGCCGCCACGAGGAAGCCAAGGAGCCAAUCAAGAUAACAGUGCAGCCAAUCCGGAGCAGUGCGGCGACGUGUCGUAGACGCUGACUCUGCGCCGCAGUGGGAGUGAAUGAGUGUGUGUGGUGGGGGGGUGUUCGUUAAUAUAUAUACUUUCUAACCUGGAUUUUAGAGCUUAAAUUUUUCUGUCAUUUCUUCUGAUUUAUUUAAUUUGUGGAUUUAUUAAUAUAAGAUGUUGGAAACUAAAUGGGUCGUUAAUCCUGGGAACUGGUUCUGCCCACUGGGCGCUCUGGAAGGCUUGAGCAGCUUCCUUAGAACAGCUGGGCAGUGUCCAGGUUUUCCCGCUCCAACGUCCAACAUGGAGGUCCUCCCUCUGUUCCCGCUUUAUGACGCUCUGCUCAUCAAACCCAAAGCGCCGUGGGCGGGGCCGAGCAGGGCCGAUGUUUGCUGCAGGAGGAGAGGCGGGACUGAAACCGCUGGACGUCUGAAGCCGUUUGUUGAUUUGUAUUUUUCUCUGCUUUUCACUCAAUAAAAACAACAAACUCUGAUUAAAUG